GGAAACUGCCGAUGUGCAUUCGCAGAUGUAAUUGAGCUUAGUACGCCAGUUUGAAAUUGUGGUCAUCGUCCUCCUGCGCUCCGGAACAAGUGUUAGGAAACGACUACAUCUUUAAUUAUCGGUUCUACGAGAGGAUAAAAUGACACGGCUGGGGAUAUUUUCUAUGAUCGCGGCUCUGCUGGUAACACACAGUGCUGCCAUCAUAAGAGUUCCCCUUCACAAGACGAGGAGCGCACGCCGCCUGAUGAGCGACAAUGGGAUGUCCCUGGAGCAGCUCCGGGCUUUGGCCAAGAGCUCUGGCGCACCGGACAGCGCCCCCUCCCCCGAAGCGUCUCCAAAGCUGCCCGUGGAGAGGCUCACCAACUUCAUGGAUGCCCAGUACUAUGGGAAGAUCACCAUCGGCACGCCUCCUCAGGACUUCACUGUGCUGUUUGACACUGGCUCCUCCAACCUGUGGGUCCCCUCCAUCCACUGCUCCUUCCUGGACGUGGCCUGCUGGCUUCAUCACCGUUACAACUCCAAGAAGUCCAGCACCUACGUGCAGAACGGCACAAAGUUCUCCAUCCAGUACGGCAGAGGCAGCUUGUCUGGCUUCAUCAGCGGGGACACUGUCUCUGUGGGGGGUCUGUCCAUCCCUAAACAACAGUUUGGCGAGGCGGUGAAACAGCCUGGCAUCACGUUUGCGGUGGCGCGCUUUGACGGCGUCCUCGGCAUGGCUUACCCCACCAUAUCCGUAGCACAGGUCACCCCGGUGUUCGACACAGCCAUGGCCGACAAGCUCCUGCCUCAGAACGUUUUCUCUUUCUACAUCAACAGAGACCCAUCAGCAGCUGUAGGAGGAGAGCUGAUGUUGGGCGGAACCGACAGCCAGUAUUUUUCGGGGGACGUGCACUAUGUCAACGUCACACGCAAGGCCUACUGGCAGAUUGAGAUGAACGGAGUUGAGGUGGGCAGCCAGCUGACUCUGUGCAAAACCGGUUGCCAGGCGAUUGUUGACACGGGAACCUCCCUGAUCACAGGUCCUGUGGAGGAAGUCAGAGCACUGCACAAAGCCAUUGGAGCGCUGCCCCUGCUCAUGGGAGAGUACUUGAUCGACUGCAAGAAGAUUCCAACGCUCCCUGCGGUCUCCUUCAACAUCGGAGGAAAGAUGUUCAACCUGACGGGAGAAGACUAUGUCGUGAAGGAGUCUCAAAUGGGCACGUCCAUCUGCCUGUCCGGCUUCAUGGCCAUGGACAUACCCCCCCCUGCAGGCCCCCUGUGGAUCCUUGGAGACGUGUUCAUCGGGAGGUACUACACGGUGUUUGACAGGGAUGCGGAUCGCGUGGGGUUUGCCCCCGCCAAGUAAAGACCCUGGAGUUAGUGAAUGUUUUUGUUUGUCCAAAGCCGCUUCCACUUCCUUACGUGGGGUAAUUAAAGCUGAAGCCAAGCUGGACUUCCCUUCUAGUCCUCCAUCAUUUAAUUUCCUGCAGCCAAAAAAAAAAAAAACAUUUCUCGAUGUUUGCGCUUUCUUUGGAGUACCGCAAGGCCUAGUUGGCUGCCAAACAUGUCUCAGAACAUGAGAUGAUCAAGUGCACAUGUGAACAUGGGGAAUUGGUUUGUGAUAAAGCAGGGAAGGAAAGCUGCCCAGAUAACUUUUUUUUUUUUUUUUUUUUUUUGGCUCACUGAACAGAGUGUACACAGAACAAAUUUUAAAGGGACAACUUCUCAGUUCCUGGCUUGUCUUUUUAGCUGCUUUUGAUUUUGAGCUUUGACAUUGCAGUUGUCAUAGGAUUUAAUCAAAACUACUCAUUUCAGAAUAUGUGGGCUGUUCAAGCUUGUCUGUAAUUAUGGUUUUUGGUGUAUCUUUUCAUUAUUCAUCAUAACAGAACCCAGUUUAUAGUAAGAACCACAUUUCAAAACUGUCAGCGUUGCUCCCGUGGAUGACUCAAGUUAUCUCGAGUUGAUUUUUAACUUGCCACUGUGAAUUGUGAUUAACUAGCCUGCGGGAGACCAUGUUAUGAAACCAAAGAAUAAAUUAAAUAAAUCUUUGAUUGACAAAUGA